AUAAUUCCCCUCUUUCAACUGUCUUCAAUUCCAUGAAAUUAUUUUCCAAGAAAGCUUCCUAAAAGAAUGUAUGUUUCUCCAAAUUUACAGUCAAGAUAUGGGGUGGAUGGUAUUGGAUUAGAUAUUUGUUGAAGUUUACUGGAAAAUAGCAGUUGAGCGAUGCUAUUUGCAAUUGCCAUCUCUCUACUUUAUGUAGAGAUUAAGGACUCAGUCUUGAAGAGGUUGUUCUCUGAAAUUGUCAAAAAAUUUUGGAGUAAAUGGGAGCUUCGUUCUAUGGUUAUGUUGAGUCUUAUUCUUCAAUUUCUUCUUGUUUAUUUCGGGAGGAAACGAAAGAAAUAUACUGGAAACUGGGUGCCAUUGAUAGCAGUAAUUGCUUGGCUAAUAUAUCUCUCAGCAGAUUGGAUGGCGACCCUUGUGCUUAGUACCCUUCUUCGAGGCAGCUCCGAAUUAAAAGAAGGACUCAUUGUCUUUUGGACCCCUUUUCUUCUAUGGCAUCUCGGCAGCCCUUACAAUAUCACUGCUUACUCUUUGGAGGACAAUGAGCUUUGGUUGCGCCACUUUCUUGGAAUGUUCUUCCAAAUCGGCGAGGCGAUUUAUAUUUAUGUGCGGUUUCGAUCGAAUACCAUGCUAAAUGCUAUGGCUAUUCUGUUGUUCAUUGGGGGAGUUUUAAAGUAUCUGGAAAGGAUAUGGGCUCUUAGAUGUGCAAAUCCCAAGCAGCUCAUGAAGUACUUUUACUCUGCCCCGAAAACGGAAAAUCCAAGCACUAGCGACAGUGCUGCUAGAAGUGAAAUGAGAGAAAUGAUCCGAACCGGCCUUUUUGAUCCUUCGGAAAAGAGAGGUUUUAUAGGAGAUCCAAGGAUUACUUCGGAAGUAAGGUUUCUUCGGGAGGUAGACUCAGCGUUUGAAGUUUUCAAGCCUCUGUUUACUGAUCUCCCGUUUCAGAUCUCGAAAGCAUUUCACGAUGAAAUGGUCUACCUCAAUCCUAGUACAAGGACAGCAGCCGAGGCCUUCAAUUUUGUCAAGAUCGAACUCGAAUUCCUUUACGAUUUGCUCUACACCAAGAACCCCCUACAACACAGACACCAUAUUGUGAGCUUAGCUCUUCGUUGCAUCUGUUUUUUCUCUCUUCUUUCAGUGCUGAUAGCUUUUUCAGUUCUCUAUCGCAAGAUCGAAGAUUCGACCGUUGAUGUUGUCGUCACCUACACGCUGCUGUUAGGAGCGGUUUGGCUCGAGAGCUAUUCAUUUUACAUGCACAUUCGUUCCAAGUGGACGAUUCUCAGGUACGCUGUUAGAGGACACAAAAGGCUUAAGCUAUACUAUCGGCUUGUUCAAAACAGGUUACAUUUGAUCAAGUCGCAGGAGGGAAUACAAAAAAUGGCACAACAUGAUUUUUUAGAGUAUUGCGUGAAGGCCAAGGCAAACCAAUUUGCUCAGAUCUUAAAGUUUAUUGACCCCGGUGACCUUUUGCAGAAGUUUUGGUACACGAAGUGGAAGGAAGUUGAUAUCGAGUUAAAGAAGUUCAUCUAUAAUCACCUGAAUGAGAAGCGUUCCAAGUUCGAAAAAGGUCGGUUUAAGCUUGAGUGCCUGGAGAAGAUUUUGGCGGAGAGAGGUGACAAUGUUCUCCAAGAGAAAGGCUUUGAUCCAGAUGAGAAGGAUGAGUAUUGGAAAUUGAAAACCACAGAUUUCCCCCGUCAAAUCUUCGUGUGGCACAUCGCUACCUCCCUCGUUUAUUACAACGAUCUCUCGAAGCAUCGGAGGAGCACGUUGUUCAAUCCGGUUUGUGAAAGCAGCAAAUCUUUGUCCGAUUACAUGAUGUAUCUGGUAUUGGUUCGACCUACAAUGCUGCCGAAAGGGUUCAGUGACAUAGUGAACAAAGAAACUUACCAACAAACCCAGAGAAUAUCUCCGAAGAAAAAGAUGAAAGUUUCCAUGGAGGAAUUCAAUGAAGCAUUACUGUCCUUUGGGUGUAAUAAACUUUCUGAAAAUGGGGCAUUAUGGGAUGGAAUCAAAUUUGCGAAGCAAUUACAAAGCUUGGUUCGUGAAGAGAGGUGGGAUCACGAGGAGAAGUGGAAAAUGAUAAGCGAAGUGUGGAUGGAGAUGAUGGUCUAUGGUGCAAGUCGAUGCACAUGGGAGGAACAUGCACAACAAUUGAGGCAUGGUGGUGAGCUACUCACUCAUGUUGCUCUUAUUAUGGCUCAUCUUGGUUUAACUACUCAAGUCCAAAGGCUUGAAAAAUCAGCUGAUCAUCCUAUUGCUUCUGCAUUUCCCACCCCUUUUUAAACUUUUUCUUUUAUGAUUUUAAGUGUAUCGAUUUGAUUUUCAUUACUGCUAAUUAAAAUUUAUUUUAAUUUAAAUUCUACCCUACGUGGAUAUUAUCUAAAUUUAUUUUAAUCUAAAUCCAAUUAUAUUUUAA